AUGAGUGAUGUGAGUAAGUUCGUGAGGCAACUGGAGCGGCUGGUUGAAACCGGGGCGGAACCGUCGAAGAUUCUCCCCGCCAUUGACAAGAUACUCUUUGUGGGAUCAAAAAAUACAUUUGCGCUACGUUGCAAGGUGGUAUGUCUGCUUCAUCAAGACAAGCACGCGGCCGCGCUGGCUACACUUGAACAGUUGGCUGCGACCGAUCCAUCAUUAGGCAACAAGUCGCAAGAGUACGCAUUCCACAAAGCCUAUUGCCACUAUAGGUUAUUUGAUGACAGGCAGGCACAAAUGGUUCUCAGCCGCGCCCCGCACACGGCAAAUCACGUGCCUUCACAACAUUUGCUUGCUCAAGCACACUACCGCCUAGAAGAAUUCGAAGAAGCCGCUAACAUAUACGAGGAACUUCUUAAAAAUGAAAGAUUCCGUGACGAGCAGGAAAAGGCGGAAUUGCUCACAAACUAUACUGCCGCCUGCACAGCGAUGGACGUUCAGCGGACACAGGCAAUUGUCCGCUCCGCUGAUGUUAAAAAUGCGGAUAUGUUGUAUAACGUAGCUACAGCGCAGCUUGAGGUGCAGGACUAUGCUGCUGCCACACAGACGCUAAAGCAAGCGGAGAUGGUGUGCGCUCGAGCACACCCGGAAAGCCAACUGCGGUCCUUCGAAGAUGUGUGCUCGAAGGUUGAUGACGAGCUCCGCGCAUUAUUAGAUGCGAAGGGAUCACCAGAGCGCGCGUUCUUCGACGACGUGGCCAACAUAUGGGUGCAGAUGGCAUUUGUGCACCAUGCUAUCCACCAUGAGGAGAAGGCAGCGGCGCUGCUAACCUUUGUCCUGAAGUAUCGUCCCCCAUCGGAGGUGACUCUAGCCGUCGCCUCCAUUAACUGGGCGGCUAUUCAGCGUCACAAAGAUUUCUUCGACACCUACCGAAAACUGAAGUCAGCUCAAAACCCAGCAGUGAAUAAUCGCCUAACAUCACGUCAGCGGCUGCUGGUCCACUACAACAUUGCGAUGCUGCUACUGAACACAGGAAACUUUACAAGAUUCAAGCGGCAGGUGGAGUUGGUUGCUAGUGAUUACCCUGAUGCAGACCUCACACAUGCACUAAAACUCGCUCUGGCAGUCGGUGAGACAAAGAAGAAGAAACAGUCCGGGGACAAAACAGUGAGCGAGUACUUGGACAACUACAAAAAGAGCGUAGCAGCGCAACAGCAGCAGCAACAGCGAAAGCCCGCGGUGGGACGAAUGCUUCCUCUCAUUGCAGCGCAGAUAUUCCUUGAUAACAGCGACUUGGAACGUGCCAUCGAGUCACUUUCCUCCGCCGCCGAUGAUAUACAGCGGAGGCCGUGCACCCUUAUGACGCUGUUCACGUGGAAGGUGCAAUUGGGUGACAUUUCUGGUGGAAAGCAACUUCUGAAAGAGUAUGCUGGGGCUGCAAUGAAGAAUGUAGAUGUCGUCAAGACCAUCACAUUAUGGGCUGUACGGUUCCUAUCCGCUAGGGGGCUGUAUGCCGAUGGUGUCGAUGUCAUUCAGGACGCACAAAGGGUUGCUGCAGCACUCCAGCAGGACAGGGAAGUGCUCGCCCUCAUGGCACUCUGUCUUUCGUAUUAUGACAUGCAGGCCGCUCGGUCUUGCAUCGCGGGUAUACCUGAUGCUGACAAUAAAACAGGCGCACCGUCAGGCAAGAUAACUUCCUCAUUCAUUAAAGAGCUCGAAGCUCAACAACCUUCGCGGCAGCGGAUUGAAUCCUUUGGGUAUCGGCGAGUGGUUGAGGAUGACGAGGAGGGCGAUGGUGGACCGAAGGCGAAACGAGCGGGUCGCAGGGCGCGUCCAAUGCGUAGGCCACCAAAGAAUGCGGAGAGCCGAAUUGACCCGGAACGAUGGAUUCCAAUGUCACACCGCUCGUACAUAAAGGACUUGCCAGAGCGCAGGAAGCGGGAGCUGAAGCGCCUACGCGCCAUCGAGCAGGAACAAAAGCGGCGGCUUGCGGAAAAGAGGAAAGUGGCUACGGCCACAGCAGACCCGUCGUCGUAG